UAUAGCAACGGCGAGAGAUUGAGACGGGCUGAUGGAAGUGAAGUCAGGGAACGCAGAUACAUUUGAAGCUGGUCUGCGUAACUGGGAAGAACGACGCAACGCAUUGUUUAUAGACAUUUGCACUUCAUGUUUUUAGUUUAUCAUUGUAAAACGGUGUUGUAGUUUUCUCAGUGAUGCAGUUUUAAUUAUAAGUUGUAUAUUAUUAAUCACAUCUGCCAGCACUACAGCACACGUAGGGAGAGGCAAGUGUCCUCUCAGGCCGCUUGAAGAGACAGACCGUAGAAAACAGCCUGUUAAUUUAUCAGACUAUUUGAGGGAUUUUGAGAAGAACUGGAUUAAUAUCUUAGUUUGUUUUAAACAAGUGAGUUGGGACAGGGAACUGGAAAACGUUCAGAUGUCACAGCUGCCAUAGACAUGUUAACAUCUGGAUGCAGGUAGUGUUAAAGUACUUCCCACAAACAUCAAGUGAAGAAACCCAACCUUGCCAAGGCCUGCCUGUGAGAGAAACUUGAAGCUUUCAGUCAUGUUGGAGGAGGAUAUGGAGGUGGCCAUCAAGGUGGUGGUUGUAGGGAACGGAGCUGUUGGGAAAUCUAGUAUGAUACAGCGCUAUUGUAAGGGCAUUUUCACAAAAGAUUACAAGAAGACUAUUGGAGUGGAUUUUCUUGAAAGGCAAAUUCUAGUUAACGAUGAAGAUGUCCGGUUGAUGCUGUGGGACACUGCAGGGCAAGAGGAGUUUGAUGCAAUAACAAAGGCCUAUUAUAGAGGUGCACAGGCCUGCGUUCUAGUGUUCUCUACUACUGACAGGGAUUCCUUUGAAGCGAUCCCCAGCUGGAGAGAAAAGGUGGAAGCUGAAGUAGGAGACAUCCCAACAGUUCUAGUGCAGAAUAAAAUUGAUCUGCUAGAUAACUCCGUAAUAAAAAACGAGGAAGCAGAGGGUUUAGCAAAGAAGCUAAAAUUAAGAUUUUAUCGUGCUUCCGUAAAAGAGGACCUAAAUGUAAAUGAAGUGUUUAAGUAUCUAGCUGAUAAGUACCUUCUGAGGCUCAAGCAACAAACAGCAGAGGAGCCAGAACUAAUUCAUACAGCCAGCAAUAAAAUUGGAGUUUUUAAUACAGCUGGUGGAGGUCAAUCUGGUCAGAAUUCUAGCAAUCAUAAUGGUGGAGAAGUCAUCAAUCUUCGACCAAAUAAACAGAGGACCAAGAAAAACAAAAGCCCAUUUGGCAGUUGCAGCAUUCCCUAGAAGAUGCUUCUCAGUUCUACCCCUUUUUAGGAUUGUGCAGUUGUUCAAACCAUCAAUGGAUAGAGUCUCCAAGCUGCUUUGUGGGUGAACAGAUUUUUAGAUUGGACAAAAUGACUUUGUUGCACAUUUUAUUGCUGCAGAACUUCACUAGCUUUAAGUGUACCCCCCCCCCCCCCCCCCCCCCCCCCACC